UGUUUAGACACCUGGUUGACGUAGCAAUCCAUGCGUCAUAUAUAUAUUUAAUACACAUUAUUUUUUAUGCUGGAUAAAAAUUGAUUCUGAUAAUGAAUAAGAAACUUUCGCCAGAAGAUGCAUUCUAUGAAAAUUUAACUCUGGGAUUAAUAAAAACUUUAUCCACAGUGCCAAGAGUAUGCAAUGUGACUUUGGAGCGUCGUCAGCCGUUGAAUGCCUGCCAGGUGGUUAAUUGGGAGCAGCGGCAUUGUGUCUAUCUGCCCGAGGAUAUGAAGAAAUUCUACCUAUCCACUGAUGGAUUCGUUCUCAACUGGAGCUAUCAAUAUGCACCCAAUGAUAUACGACGUGUGGGCCAUAUACAUUUUCCGCAUCUACUGCAGGUGACAUUGCUGCGCGAGAACAUUGAGAAUACGCCGGUGACUGUGGCCAGUGCCGGUGGAAGUGCCGCCGCGACCACAACAGAUGUGUCUGCUUCCUCUAUUAGCAAGGAUAAGUGGGGCAAUUCCACUCCCAUUAUAACGGCCAAAUCGAAAAUCUUUGAAAUCAACAACAUCAACGAAAUGGCCAAGGUCUGCAUGUUAUAUGAGUCGACCAGUUCGAAUAAUCCGAAAUUCUAUUUAUUAGAAUUGAACACUCUUAGCUGGCAGUUCCUUUCGGAAACAUUUAGCGAAUAUCUUCGCAUGUCCAUUGCCCAUUUGGGUUUACCCUACUGGGAGUUGUGCUUUUCCAGUUUCGGUUUGCCCUCGUGGACUGAACAAUUGUUCCUGUUGCUAGCUCCACACUUGCUGGAAGAGCAUGAACCGCGUCGUGGCCGCAUUAUUAAUCCCGCUUGUGAGCAUCCCUAUAAUAUCAUAGAUCCGAACAUAUUCCGUGGUAAACCCAAAAGUGUUGCCAAAGCAGCGGCGGCAGCAGCAGCAGCUGCUGCUGCAUCAUCGAAAAAGUAAAGAA